UGUAGUGAACCAGUCAGGAGUUGCAACAGUGUGUAAACAGCUGUAUCACUGAAUUGCUUUGAUUACUACACUGCGAGCGUAAAAUUAACGAUUGGUUUCCGUGCGCGUAUUUACGCAUCCAACUAUUCGAUAACAUCGUCUUUUUUAAAUUAUCGCUUGCUACUUUGAACUUGUUGAGGUUCCUGUGGAGAAGAGAAGCUAUGGAUUUGGUGUGGCUGGUGUGUUUGGUGCUGAGCAUCGGCGCCUGGUUCGUCUCUGCCGAGAGGCAUAGUGUCUACUGGAACGGCUCGAAUCCAAACUUCCUGUGGGAUGAAUAUACAGUGGAAGUGCAUAUCAACGACUAUCUGGACAUCAUCUGUCCCCACUACACCCAUGGCGAGGUGUCGUUGCACGCAGCUGAGCGCUAUGUGCUGUACAUGGUGGAGAGGGAGGACUACGAGGUGUGCAAACCUCACUCUUUCGACCAGCUUCGUUGGGAGUGCUCACGGCCCUUCGCCCCCCACGCUCCAGAGAAAUUCUCUGAGAAGUUCCAGCGCUUCACACCCUUCACCCUGGGCAAGGAGUUCAAACAGGGAGAGAGCUAUUAUUAUAUCUCUAAGCCAAUGCAUCAUCACGGCCAGGACUGUCUCAGGCUCAAAGUGGAUGUAGUCGGACAUAAAGGAUCUGGAAAGACUAACUCAGAUAAAUCCAAUGCAGAGGAGACAGGGAAAAGCCUGGAUGGAGGAAGAGUAAAGUUUCCUGCCACCGGAGGAGUUCACAAUCCCUCUAACCGGCUCCCAGCAGAUGACCCUGCUGUGAUGGAGCCAAACAUCCAGAGGAGUAUCGGCAGCUCAGGAGCACAGCUGAUCUCUCUUUCACUCUUCUUUACCAUGAUCCCAGUCUUAUUAGCCCUUAUGCUACACUGAGACUGACUGGAACGCCAUAACAAAGACAAUGCUAACCCAGUGCUGGUCACUGGGAUUAUGAACACUGAGAUUUUUUUAUACUGAUUUUUUAUAUGGGAAUGGACAGUGCUGUCAGUAUGUGUGUGUGUGUGUGUGUGUUUGAUGUGAUUGUGUGCAUGAAUGUGGAGCGUGGACCGUUCCAAAGAAGAGGACCUCAAAGAAGUUUUUUUUUAACACUGUCACAAGGAUUGACUUCUCAUUAAUGACCGUUUAACUUGUACACUUGUCAGCCAUUAUGAUCAAAAAUGGGAGCAAAGUGAUUAAACUCUUAAUGAAUCAGUCAGAUUGAAAGAGACAAGAGGAAUACAAUUAUCCUCAUUAUGGUGUGUUUUCUCUUUUUCAUACCAUUGGUACAACUGUGCAGAUAAUUGUGCAUUACUGUCCUCAAAGAGUCAAUGGCAUUUUUCUUCCUCUACGUGCAAACAAUUGUGUGUAGUGAAAAAGUUGUCGGCUUCUGCCAAAAUGGUAUACUUUAUGUAGGAUUUCUGUCAUGUUGAUGUGUAGCACUCAGCUCCCUGUUCUUAUAUCUCUUUCAUCUCUGUUCAAGCAGAGAAAGGCAGAAACUGUAUAUCAGGUACUGCAGUGUAGAAAAUACAUAAAGCAUCUGAUGUCACACAUUUUUCACUUAUGAGAGAACGCAAGUAAACACAGGAUAAUCCAAACUAAUGUUUCUCAACCUUGUUGUUUGCUAAUGGUCUAAUAAAGUGAUACUUACCGGUGCAUGCACAUAGUUUUUUCCCAUUUGAUGCAGUUUUUUCCUAAGAAAAAAGGCACAAACGAUAAAUCCUUAAGUCCUUAACAAUGUAAUGCAUGUUUCUUGAGAGUUUGUGGUGUAAGGUUGAGAGCCAAAAACAAAUCAAAUCUAAAACUAACAGGUAUUUUAGGGAGCUGAGAUUAUUCAGUACUUAUGAUUAUUCACUCAUUCCCACUGUGUUGACAGUAUCGUGGUACACUGACUGGUAUUUGCAGGUGUGAUCCCACUUGCACACUGUCUAACCUCAAACUGAAGGGACUUUCCACAAUACAUUUACAGUUGUUUUUCUUAUUAAACAUACUUGUGUAAUUUUGUAAAUUGUUACA